GUACAUAGACAUGGCUACACCUGCACAGAUACUAAUUUGCCAUUUCCUCUGGCCAGCAAUGCAGGAGGCCAGCAGGAAGGCAGGGACCCGGGGCAAGGCUGCGGCCACCAAGCAGGCCCAACGAGGCUCUUCCAAUGUCUUUUCCAUGUUUGAGCAAGCCCAGAUCCAGGAGUUCAAGGAGGCCUUCAGCUGCAUCGACCAGAACCGUGAUGGCAUCAUCUGCAAGUCGGACCUUCGGGAGACCUAUUCCCAGCUGGGGAAGGUGAGUGUCCCAGAUGAGGAGCUGGAUGCCAUGCUGCAGGAGGGGAAGGGCCCCAUCAACUUCACGGUCUUCCUCACACUCUUUGGAGAGAAGCUCAAUGGGACAGACCCUGAGGAAGCCAUCCUGAGCGCCUUCCGAGUGUUUGACCCCAGUGGCAAGGGCGUGGUGAGCAAGGAAGGGUUCAAGCAGCUUCUCCUGACCCAGGCAGACAAGUUCUCUCAGGCUGAGGUGGAGCAGAUGUUCUCCCUGACGCCCGUGGACCUGGCGGGGGACAUCGACUACAAGUCCCUGUGUUACAUCAUCACCCAUGGGGAUGAGAAAGAGGAGUGACUGAGGCUGCAGUGGAACUCAGGGCCGUGCUCCGGCCACCUCAAUAAACACCAUUUAUAAUGAGCCCUGCGUGGUGGCAUCUCUGUGACAGAU